AUGGGAGAAUGGUGUUGUGCCCAUAUCCAAGAUGGCGUCAUCGUUACUUUACACGGAAGUGGUAGAAGAGUUGAGUACGCACGUUGCCUGAUGAGUGCGGUGCCAUCUAUUAGUAUGGAGCACAGCAAUCAGUACCCGGCCCCAGUGCUCAGAUCGCCGGUAUUUACAGCUGGGCCCUGCACUGGCCCACCGCCCUCAACUCCAUGGUUUCAUUGUCCUCCACCUUCUCCUCAAGGGCUGUGGGGCGGAGGAUGGAACCCGUGGCGACCUCAGUACAGGCAGCAGCAGCCGUCAUCAUACAGCGGGCAGCAUGGAGGGGGACACGGACAGUUUAAUUGUGAAAGCCGAAUGCCAUUUGGAAACUGUCAAAGUAGAAUAAAGCACCAUUCGAAAAAGCAAAAGAAAGAACCAGUUUACACUCACUACUGUGACACAUGUGACCGUGGUUUUAAAAACCAAGCAAAGUAUAAUGAACACACCUCUCAGCACGUCAAGUGUGAAGAAAGAGGCUGCAGUUUCAGUGCCCAUGAGAAGUUGGUACAUAUUCACUGGAAAAAUAUGCAUGCUCCCGGAGCUAAGAGAAUAAAACUUGAUACACCAGACGAAAUUGCAAAAUGGAGAGAAGAAAGAAGAAAAAACUUUCCGACACUAGCAAACAUUGCCAAGAAGCAGCAACUCCGGAGAGAAAGGGAAGAACGGGGAGAAGUAUUGACAACCCCUCAGUUUGGGAAGAUGAAAGGGAUGAAGAAAGGGCAGUCCAGUCAAUCCAAUCAAGGUAACAAGAAGUGGCAGAAUCGCAAAAACCAAAGAAAUUUCAAGAAAAAGUUCAGACAAAAUGAAAUUGCAAAUCAAGAUGGCACCUCUAAUGCAACAAUGGAAAAAAAUGCAAAUUCUCAAGAGGAAAAUGUGGCCCGAAAGGCACACGCUCUGGAUCCACUAAAUAUGUUGGCAGGCAGUGAUCCUGAAUCUGACAAUGAUGAAGCAAAAGCGAGCACAGGGUUGUCUGUAGUUCCAAAGCAGGUAACUUCUGCCUUGAGCAAACUAAUCUGCAGCUAUGGCAGCUCUUCCGACAGUGACUCUGAACCCAUUGAGCAACCAAUAAGACGUGUUAAGGCAGCUAUGGCAGAGAAUAAGCAAAUUCUUCAGACCUUUACGCCCUCUGCUGCUCACACAGUGUUAAGUAACAGGCCAAAACAGGAAUUAAAGACCCAACACAUUCAUCCUUCAAACACAGCUCAGCAGAGCAACGGACCUCACAGUAAAAUUCCCCCUAACAAAAGUCAAAAGAAAUGUGAAAAGAAGGCGUACGGUGCUCCAACUAGAUGCCAACCUACUCUCCUGGAAAUGUUACUGGCUAAUGACAUCCGGCAUGAAAGGAAUGUGAUUUUGCAGUGUGUCCGGUAUAUCCUUCAGAAUGACUUCUUUGAAAAACCUGUGGACAUUACAUCUGAGAGUGGGACCUCUCAUAAAACUGCUUUUGCUGUUUCAGCAAGUGAUGCUGUGGGACAGAGCGAAUGUUUCCAUAGCCAAGAAAACUCUGAGUUACAUACAUGUGGGGGUAGUGGCCAGGGUAAGGGACUUGAUGCAGAAAAGAAGGAAGCUCUUGUUCAGGUGGAUGAUGAGAUUUGGGAGAUCUCCAAUAUUUCUCGUGAAUCAUCUAUUGUAUGACAUGUUUCUGGACUAAAACAAGCACAAUUAUAAAUACUAAUUUUCCCAUGGUUACAGUUUAAGCAAGCCUUUUUGGUAGAGAAUUUUUUUUUUUUUCCCGUUACUGUUUUAUUUUCAUUUUCAAGCACCAGCAAAAGGGCCACAUUAUGUUUAUAUAGUAUAGCAGUAACUGAAUUAUCUAUGUAUUGUUUCUAGAGAUAUAUAAACAUUUAUUUUCCCUUUUUGUGAAUUAAAGGUUUUGUGUAAGGA